CUUUUGGCAGCAGUCCACACUUUGCUGGGCAUUGCGACAAAUAAGACCUCAUUUCCCGUAAAUGGCUGCAGGAUUCACACUGUAGUCGUGCAGAAGAACUGGACAGAUAGAUACAAGUAUACGCUGCUGGAGCUCUUGUACCGGGCUGCUUCUUGAGAGUGAUAUAUAUGUGAUGUGGAAUUCAAAAAUGAACUCCUUCAUCUUGACGACCCACUUGGCAAGGGAAGACUAUCGAAGGAUGCUUCUGCGAUAAUGGAUACAGUGUUCCAGCCUGGGUUGCAUCAAGUGUCAAUAGUUUCAGCACACUCAUUUACCAAGUUGCUGAAGUUGCACCGAGAGGUCUUAGUUGGUUGCAUCAAGAACACAGAGUGUGUGCUGAAAAACCUGAUAAAGCAUGAAUACAUUUCCACUGAAGAGGCUGAGCUGUCCCAGCAGCAUCCUACGCAAGCAGCAAAGGUUCGAAAAAUAUUGGAUCUGGUUGAGAGCAAAGGAGAAGAAACAGCAGAGUAUUUCAUACACAUUCUGCACCAGGCCAAUGAAAUUUACACAGACCUUAGCCCAUGGCUGAAAGAAAUAGAGUAUCAACCAUCAGAACACAUACUAGGCAAAUCAGUAAUUAUCACAGAUGCUGUCUGCCAGUACAUUCAAAAGAUUAAACAUGGCCUACGGCAGGACACAAAGUUUGUCACUUCGUACGUCCAGAAAGAAGACAUCUUGCUGGAUGAUGCUUACACCGAGACACUUAUGGAACUAAUCAAUGGAGUCAAUGAAACAAAAGGAACUAUUUCCAACUUGGAGGAUUUGUUCAGUGACACUGGAAUCAUCAAUGAGGAUGCAGACACAGUGUUUGUAACUGGUGAUGCUGGGGUUGGCAAGACCAUACUGCUCCAGAGACUUCAGAACCUGUGGUCCAAAGGAGAGCUCUGUGCUAAUGUUAAAUUCUUCUUCAAAUUUAGAUGCCGAAUAUUCAAUAGCUUUAGAGAGGAAGAUAAGAUUUCUCUCAGAGAUUUACUGUUCAAAUACAACUGUUACCCUGACAAGGACACUGAUGAGAUAUUUAGUUACAUCCGACAACACCCAGACUCUGUCCUCUUCACACUGGACGGGUUUGAUGAAAUUAGUGUUGACUGUGACCUUAGUGAUAUCCCUGAUGUCUCUUCACCCUUUGAUCCCACACAUCCUAUCACCCUGUUGAUGAACCUUCUCCGAGGAAAGUUGUUAAAAGGUUCCAAAAAAUUAUUGACUGCCAGAACUGGUACAAAUCUACCAUUGAGAAUGGUGAGAAAAAGAGUGACACUGAAGGGCUUUACAAAGGACCAUUUAUUGCAAUAUUUAAAGAAGUUCUUCAAAAACCAACCCCAUCAAACUUUGGUUUUGACCCAGUUGGAAGCAAACCCUCACCUUUGUAGUUUAUGUUCAGUGCCAUUGUUUUGCUGGAUUAUAUUUAAAUGUUAUGAACACUUACAGUCAGAAUGUAACUCUCAGCAAAUGUUGGAUUAUGUAACGUUGACUGACAUCUACCUAUUGAUGUUAGAGGUUUUCUUAAACCAUUCUUCCAAAACGAGGUUGAACAAAAGAAACAAAAGUCAAAGUGAGACAUUCAAAGCGAAGAAAGAUUCUCUGAUGAGGUUGGGAAAAUUAGCAAAAGAGGGAAUCGAAAGCAAUAACUUCAUCUUUAGUCAGGAGCAAAUCACAGCGGCUGGUAUCUCAGAGGAGGAUUUACAGUUGGGCUUUAUCAAGAGUGCAGGCCACUACGAUGGAUGUGGGAACCAAUCAACCUAUGAGUUCCUUCAUCUGACCCUCCAGUCAUUUUUCACCGCGUUUUUCCUGGUUGUUAACGAAAGAAUUCGAGCGAAGGAAAUCAUUACGUUUUUUUCAAAAUGUGACCACUAUUUGACUGGACCUCAAGCCAAUAUUGUUUUUUUGAGAUGUUUGGGUUAUAAGUCACAUCACAGAAAGGACCCAUUUGAAACAAAUGAACACCUGCAGUUCACCACACUUUUCCUCUGUGGCCUAUUGUGUAAAGCUAAGAGGGACUUAUUCAAACAUUUAUCUUCCACAGGGAGUAUCCAAAAAAAGCGGUCAGCACUCAAGACCUACCUUGCCGACUGCGUAAAGUCACACUUAAAAAAUCUGCCUCAAGCACCAUUUGAAGAAUUUUGUAGAGUGCAAGCCUUGCCCCGAUUUGUCUGGUUAAUGCGCUACAUUUUUGAAACCCAGAGUGAAGCUGUAGCCAGUCUUGCAGCAAAGGGGAUUUGCGCAGAUUAUAUCAAGCUCACUUUCUGCAAUGCAUUCUCUGCUGACUGCAGUGCAAUUGCAAACAUAUUACGUCAUCGUAAAAAAUCAAUUGCACUUGAACUGGACAACAAUAAUAUCAAUGACUAUGGAGUGAAGGAACUAAUUCCUUGUUUCGAUAAACUCACUGUAGUUAGGUUGAGUGUAAACCAGGUCACGGAUGAUGGAGCUAAAGUACUUGCUGAGGAACUCCUAAAGUACAAAAUUAUUAAGAUCCUUGGCCUGUACAGAAAUCAGAUCACUGAUGUUGGUGCCCGGUUUAUUGCCCAAAUUGUUGAAGAAUGCCCACAUCUUCGAACAUUAAAAAUUGGACUCAACAAACUUACAAGUGAAGGAGGGAAAUUAUUAGCACAAGCAAUUCAGAAAAGUAAGGCCAUCAAAGAUGUCGGGAUGUGGGGAAAUCAGAUUGGAGAUGUGGGUGCAGCUGCUUUUGCUGAAGCUAUAAGAAACCAUCCUUCAUUAAAAGAGCUCAGCCUGGCAGCCAAUAGAAUUUCAGCAGAGGGUGGGAAAAGUUUGGCAGCAGCUCUGCAAGACAACAGAUGCUUGGAGAUAUUUUGGUUGACAGAAAACCAAUUGAAUGAUGAAGCAGCUGCAUUAUUCGCAGAAGCACUCAGGGUCAACAAAAGCCUGCUUCAUUUAUGGUUAAUAAACAACAGAAUUACAGAGGUGGGAGCAAAUUGUUUCUUCAAGAUACUCAAAGAAAAUACAACAAUAGAAGAGAUUUGCCUGAAUGGUAAUAAUAUCUCUGCUGAAGGAGCUAAGAGGCUCGCUGAAGAACAAAGGAUUUUGCUGUGAGUGACAUUUCCCUUGUGGUUAAUCGUAAACCGUGAAGCUGUAGAAGGUUCAACAGUCGUAACACUACCUAUAGAACACAAAGAGAAAACCUGCCAAUUGUCUUCUAUGAGGGUUGCAGUGAUUGGAACAAUCUGAGGAACUGAAAUUAAGCUGGAAAGCCAGCUUACAAACCAUGGCAUUUUCUACUGCUGUUCAAGAAAUAUUGAAAGUGCCUUUGUGACUCAUCACACAUGAGCAACCUGUAACUGCUGACACUAACAUGAAAGUUUUUGUGUGAAGAUUUGAAUGUAAGCAUGACAUCUAUCAUUGCUGUUCUUUCACCACGCAUUAAAGCAAUUUAUAAUGAAGCUGGGUCAAGCUGGAAUUUCCAUCAGUCAAACAGUGGACGGCAGCUAAAUGUUUAUAUUUAUUUAUGGUUAUUUUUGCUAUGACUUACUGGUGGAUAAUAAAAUAAACUUGUUGGGCUGCCUUAAGUUUGUAACAAAUAAAAAGUUAAGUUGAUACAGAAUAACUUAACAAAAUAUGUGACAGCGAUUUGCCAAUUAAUUUCUCAAGUCAAUGCUUAAAAACAUUAGCAUUAACCUGUCUGAUUUUAAAUUUAUACAAAGGUUAACAGUUGAUUGUCAAACAUCAUUAGCUGGUGCAUGACAAUGCCUCUGCCAGAAUUAAUUUGCCAACCAAUCAAUACUCUUUUCUCACACAGUAUAAAUGUUGGUUUUCCUCUUAAAUUAGUAUUCUUGAAAAUUGACUUGUUGAGUGCAAUUUGAAAAACUUUGAUAAAAUGUAUUUUUUUCCAGACUUGGAAGUUCUACAACCAAAUGACUGCCCCUACUCUAUGAAAUAUUUAAUUCCUUAUGCCAUUUUUAAUGAAGCCCUUGUCACAGCAAUGUAAUUACAGAAAUAUUAAGGCACAGAUUUAAAGUAUUUGACCAAUAUAUUAAAUUGUUUAGCCUUAUUAGCUCAAGCAUGUUAGAACUUGUUACGAACAACAUCUCAUUGACUGGAUGUUUUCUGUAAUCAGUCAAUUAUCAUCAUCAAACCAUUCUCCUUUCCCAUCUGGUCACUAGAUCACUUUUGCAAAUACAGGUAAUUCUCAGAUAACGCGUGUUCUGGCAGCGUGAUUUGCUUAGAAUGUUGCUGAGGGAUUAACAAACAGUAUUUUCAAGAACACUCACCUCAGUUCACAAUAGCGCGAUUCCAGCGAUGAUCGUUUUGCAAGCUUCGUUCUGUGCGUGUGUCGAUGUCAGGGCUGGCCUCUGUGCCAUUCUGCGCAUACUCCAAUGUCAGUUACUAACAGCAGCGUUCUGUGAGAGGUACUGUACAGGGAGCAGCUUUCUGAGAGUGAUACAUUGAGCAGCUUUCUGUGAAAGGUAUACUGCCCCUAGAUUAUCCUUUUUUUCUGAAAAAAUGGAGGGGUGGAGUGACAAGAAUGUUAGCAAGAAGCAUCCUAGUGAUAAAAUUGUAGGUGGCGAAGAAAGGCUAUAACACUGGAAGAGAAGCUAAGUGUUAUAAAGUGUUCUGAGCAUAAGGAGAGAAGAUGUGAUAUAACUUGCUUAACGGGAAUGAGGGCGUCUACGUUACGCACUAUUAUGACCCUCUGUCCCUGCAUUAACAACUUUUUUUUAAAUGUACUGUGUUAAAUGUACUUUUGUUUUGUUGAUAAAUAUGAUUUAUACC